AGUUACAGCGAUGGCUCAGCAAAGCGACACCAAGGAGGCAUUCUUAGAGAGGCGAGCAAGAGAGGAGCUACGCAAUGCAGGCGCAGAUGGCUUGUGCAUCCGUCAAUUGCACUGUGAUUAGAAAGGCACUCCAUUCCAGCUUUCAAGCUGGUAGUUUCAGUAAGUCUUCUGCACAAAAGUCACCAGGGAAAGCGGAUACUUUUCUUUGAGUUGCCAUGAAAAUGCCAUGAAAGACGCAACAUUGCAGGUACGAGCUGAACAGAAAGGCAGACAGAAACACUCCAAAACAAAGAAAGACAGAACGCAAGAAAACAUGGCGCAGCGAAAGCCAGGUCGUCCAGCUCCAGGGCAACAGAGCAGCACUGCAAUGCCCAUUCCUGGUUGGAAAACAAAGGUUUUCAGAGUGAGUGAGGAAGACAUUGCUUUGCAGCGGAUGGAAGGCCCUUUUGAAAGUUUUGACGGGGGCGCCACUCACAUUGAUGGGAGUUACUUUGAGGGGGGAGGUCAAGUCGUGAGAAACGCGGUGGCGUUGGCGAGCAUCACAGGCCAGAAGUUGAGGAUAUCAGACGUGAGAGCUAACAGGCGGCCAUCGGGACUGGCGUAUCAGCACUGCACAGGGGUCGAACUGGUGACACGAAUCUGCGACGGUGUUGUCGGUGGCGCGGCAGUCGGUUCCACGGAGGUGCGGCUAGCGCCCGGUACAAUCGUCCCCGGUCGCUAUGUGGCUGACCCUGGGACUGCGGGGGCGACCGCGCUACUGGCCCAGGCUGCCCUGCCGUGUCUGCUGCUCGCAGGACCUUUGCAAAACGGGGGGGAAGAAAUGGAGGCAUUGGGGAAAGGAGGGGGAGCAUCAGCAGCGGCAAAGGAACGUUCGGGGACAGAGUCAGGGUUUGAACAAGAGGGAAAAGCUGGGGAACAUGUGACUGCUUCGGUGUCACUGGUGGACUAUGCGGAUGACACUGAGCAAGAAGAAGCGGGGCCUUCUCAUAAGGAAGGAAUGGGAGCUGGGAAGGAGGGUUCUGCAGUUACGGGGGGCGGUUUUUCGAGCUUGUUGCUGAGAGGGGGGACUGACGCGAGCAAGGCGCCGCCGAUUGACUACAUUAAGGAAGUCCUGUUUCCGACAGUGAAGAGGCUGCUUGGCGUAGAGCUGGAGAUGCAUGUGAAAAGGCGGGGCUUCUAUCCAAAGGGCAACGGCGAACUGACAGUCACGAUAACCAAGUCGGUGGAACGCGGCAAGUGCUUGCCAGCAUUCUCUCUGACGGAGCGAGGAAACGUGACCAGUGUGCACGUGCGAGCCUUCACAGCAGGGGCGUUACCACAGCACGUUUCGGAAGAGAUGCUCCAAAGCGCGCGAGCCGUCCUCGACAGCUUCUUCUCCUCCCCCGCCUUCGCCUCCCCGCCGCCGGUCCAAUACGAGUCCGUCCGAGAGACCCCGGAAUCCGCCUUCGGGAACGGAGCCGGAAUCCUGCUCCUCGCGGAAACGAGCACGGGCUGCCGGCUGGCGGGUUCGAGGGUUUUGGAGCGCGGCCAAAAGGGAGCCGACGCGGGAAGAGAAGCGGCGGAAGAUUUGGUGGGCGAUCUGAGGAGUGGGGGGUGCGUCGACAGAUAUCUGCAAGACCAGCUCGUGGUCUUUAUGGCGGCCGCGGAGGGCACGUCGCGCUUGCUGAUUGGCCGGCCGACGCUCCACACGUGCACCGCCGUCUGGGUGGCCGAGUCGAUGGCGUCAGCGAGGUUCCGGUUGCUGACGCACGACGGACAGCCCGCGACGAACUUGUUAAGAGAACCCACAGGGGGCCACAACGAGUUCGGUGACCCUGGGACGGAAAGUUGGAUACUGGAGUGCGACGGGGCGGCCUUGAAUGUUUGAGCACUCCAAAUCCGAGAACCGGACGAUUAGCAGGCUGGAGCUUGAAUCGACGAGAUCAACGUAGGGAGAUUGUAUAACGAAAGGGUGCGCUAGAGUGGGCCGAAACGCACGCUUCUCACAACUGUGUAGUUAUGCCGCUUGCUCCGAAUUGGAAUGUUGAGAAAGCAUCGCGACCUCUCCCGACGAGAUUAGGGAGGCCUCUCUUUCAAACAAUCAUUGCAUCGGUGGCAGGUGCCAGUGGGUAAUCUAGCUGGCCAGCAGCUCUGUGGUGGUCUAAGUGAGUUCCGGUGAUGGAUGUGCCUUGCCU